GUUUUGACGGCUAUAUUGACAAACUAACGAGCUGUUUGCCGCGGCCCUACUCGAGGCCUAGUUAUCUACCGAAUCAUCACCCGAAGCUCUUGGUCCCCACCAGCAUGCAUUUGACUUCCCCAGAUUUUCUCCUCAAUUCGUCUGUUCGCAAUCCACUAUUAAUCUACAUUGAUCGUCUUGGCACUUUUAUCCUUGUUCGUGUAUGAUGGAUAGGGCAGAUCGACAAUGGUGCGGUCGACUAUAUAAGACAUGCACAUUGAGAGAGCAAUUGCUAACAUAAGGUUCUGAAUAUCCACUGACCUCGAAAGCUCGCCAUCGACAUGCUUAAUUCUACCCUUCUAUCGUUACUUGGCAUCGCGCCCAGCUUUUUCGGUAACGCUCUUGCACAGACUUUUACGCCGGCACCUGGCAACUUCCCAGCCAAAGGUGAUGGUGACUUCGCGGGUGGCAUCUUCAGCAUCUCCCUCGCUGAGCUACCUAAAUAUGCUGGCGCGGGUGGAACCGGACCUGAGGCUCCCAAAGGCAAUGGUGCGAAGACAUCUGGCUCAGGACCCUAUCCUGCACAGAUGUUGACCGACUCUUCGCUACCGGGACACACAAUCUUCGCGCCUAAGACUCUUCCAGCCGGAAAUCUCAGUCUGCCUUUCAUUGCAUGGGGCAAUGGAGGAUGCGGCCUCAACGCAGGUAUCUACGAGCGCUUGUUAGUAGAAAUUGCUAGCUACGGAUACAUUAUCGCCGCAGACGGCACGCCCACGGGCUCUGGUUUCCAAUCUGGUCAACAGUCCAAAGUACAGGACAUGCGGGACUCCCUGAACUGGGCGUUUGCAGGCAAAGCGACGAAAUACGGAAACGUCGAUUUGACCAAAGUCACGACUGCAGGCCACAGCUGUGGGGGCCUGGAAGCCAUGUCGACGGCGUACCGUGAUGAGAGGGUGAAGAGAAUCAUGCUAUUCAACAUUGCGAUAUUCCAGGAUGACAGGAGGUACCUACUCAAGGAGAUCAAGGUGCCAAUCGUAUAUCUCAUUGGAGGGCCGAAGGAUAUGGGUUAUAAUACUUCGGCUAAAGAUUAUGCGCUUCUGAACGCGGGGCUUCCCAAACUCAGGGCCAACCUCGAUACUGGCCAUGACGGGACUUUCGCCGCUACAAAUGGUGGCAAACAGGGUAAAGCAGCUGUGGCAUACUUGGAAUGGCAGUGGAGAGGUAACGCGACUGCUCAAGCAUACCUACUUGACGGCGGUCUGGAGAAGGACAACUGGAUUGAAGAGCAUGCCAACUGGGUAUGAGAUUCGUGUCGCUGUUCAUGUGCACUGAGGAAUCUGUGGCGAUGAAGCAUGCUGGCUCACCGCGAACAGUUGAGAGAGAGAGUAUGAGUGGUGCGCAGAUGAAGUAGGAGUGAGUUUAUUCUCCAAAAUGACACCGGUG